UAAAAUUAUAAAGUCAGUUAAAUGGAAUAGUUUAAAGUUGUCCGCCGGCCGCCAUUGCUAGGCCAGCGCGAGGCGACCCAAAAAUAAAACUUGCUAAAAAACCGGCAGCGCCGACUAGAAUCAAUAACGUAAAUACAAUACUGGCCAGCCGUCAGAGCGUCUGCGCCCUUGUUUUUACACGUGCUUCUAUCUCCGUCCCUUUCCAACGCGAUGUAACUGGAACGAGAGAGAUCGCGUUUGAGAGCUUGCUUCGCGCUGCGCGUGUCUGUUUGACAGUGUGCGCGUCGCCUUGUUCGUCAGUCGUGAACUAGCGGUAUAGCCGCGUGGGUCUGCAGCUAUGCCCAAUGAAGUGAUGAUAAAACAAGAGUUCGACAGUGACGCUUCCAUGUCGCCGCCGGUAGGGCGCUUAGUCGACUGUAACCAAGCUGAAGAUCGAAAGAUGAUAAGGUUGGUGCGGGACCGGCCUUUGCUGUACGCCCGAAGUAAUAUGCCCGUUGCCAGUUAUUACGCGCAAGUCAAAAUGCUGUGGCAGGAGGUCGCCGACGAUAUGGGUUGGAGCGUCCCUGACGUCAGAAGAAAGUGGUCGCACAUCAGAAACUCAUACUCAAGACACCUUCGCAACGAGAUCCACGGCGCCCGCACGGGAAAGGGCCGCAUGGUGUCCAGGUGGUACUUAGCUGAUGAACUGGAAUUCCUCAAAGAGCACAUGGCUACCGACGUCAGAAGAUCGUCUCCAUACCCCACGACAUACGCUCCCAGCUACCUAGAAAUUGACAUGGCGAAAAAAACAGCCGAGGACACCUUGGAUCCCUUCAUCCAUAACCCUUGGUUCACUCUCGCCACCAGUCGCACCAAGAUCGAGGACCGCGAAGACUCCAGCUCACCUCACAGCGUGCGGACGGACGCCGUGGGCUCGACCAGCCAGAGUUUCGAAGCUGACGAGAAUUCCGCGUACUUCCAAUUCUUUAGAGGAAUACAUAAUGAUUACCAGGAACUGCCCCCGAAGAAACAGAGACUAUUCAGGCGACAGUGUCUUCAUUUCCUGCACAACUUGCUCGACGACAGUGACGGCCACGAUCAGAGUAGCGCUAUCAACUUAUCCAAUAACGCUGACAGCAAUUCCAGUGAUACAGAGACAAACAUCUUGCCUCAUUAGUUAAUUGUAAUGGUGUUGUUUAUUGAUUUGUAGUCGGAUAUAAUGACUGGUUGUUAUCCAGUAAAUAAAACUAGCAUUGGGUCUGUCUUGCUGUCCGUUUGAUUACACGAUGCAUCAAUAUUGUAAGUUAAUAAUGUAUUUACAUCAUUCACUUCCCGACGUUUUGGAAGUAUUUUCCUCGGUAAUUUAGGGUAAGAGUUUGUGGACGAGGUUUGAUUAGAAAAAAAGUUAUUAAUGUGGCUGCGGAAGAUGACAAAUACGUAGUUAGCCAAUAAUCAAACUUCCAACAUUGCUGUGUCACUUUCAAACGCGAAUAACAAAAUUUCUGAAACAUGAGAUCAUUUUAGUGAACCACAUUGAAUAUUAGUAUAUAAACAGCAAUUGUUUCUAGCAAGCAAAGCAAUUUCGGUAAUUAAUUGUCACUGUAUUCAUUUUUAUUAUCUUUGAAAAUUGUUACUAGCAUGGCGAUCAACUAGGUCGCAUUCUUAAAUGUCAGUUAAGUAACCCAAUAAUCCCAUAAUAUUUAUUGAUUUUUAUAAUAUGAUCACAACAUUCCUAAUAGUAAUUAAUGUUGAUGUUUAUUUGUUUUUAAUUUACAAAUUUAAAGAGCCGUAAUGGUUAUCGCCUGUCUAUCCUUUUUCUUAUAAUGGUUGGAUGUUUUUUGAAUAAUAUGUUUUCGAGUAUACACAAAGUGAAAUUUGUAAUAAAAUAAUUAUCAAAUGAGAGAGAGAGAGAGAGAGAGAGCGAUUGAUUGCAAUCGAUAAAGUCUUUAUAUGAACUAUGUACAUAGAUGUAGUUGAUAGACCUUGAUAUUGACAGCGAUAAAGUAUACAAGUAUUAGUUUCAAAAUAGGUAUAUAUUAUUAUUUUUUUUAACGCAAAUAGUGUUACCUGAAUUGGACGAUAGCGACCUACAAAAAAUCGAAACAACCGUCAUUUGUAGUCGGAGACCUGAAUAAUCUUAAAUAUCACAUCGCAAUCUUUUUUGUAACAUUCAAAGCCCGUACGCAUAUACUUUUGUGACAGUUUAAGUGGUUAGGGCAAUCCUAGCAAUAAAGAAACAUCCACCGCAUCCCCUCAUUAAGACAGAUCUAAUGAACUCAGCUUUUGCGAGUGUAAGGCAUGUGAGGGCUUUAUAGUUCACGUGUAUACAUUCAUCAUCAGUUCAGUUUCAUUAGAUGGACCGACGAAUUCUGGGUUCUGGUCCCAAGUGACUAUACUAGCCCAUAAAAAUUUACUUCUCGAUCAGAUAGGGAUUUCACGAGGUAACCAAGGCCACGAGAAACUGCUGGAUGCGAGUAGAACAUUCGAACCUUGGAGAAACUAAUGUCUUUAGAAUUACGAUUCAAUCUUUAACAAUUAAUUUAGAAUACAAGACGAGCAGGGUCUGAUGUACGUUGAUACGACGCCGCUAACGGUACCCGAAGCUAGUGAGUGUGACGAGGGCGCCGCGCGUGAAACUAGAGAGCGGGGUGGCAGAAUAAUCUUCCACAAAAACAUGUUUUAAUGUUGCCGAAGGCAGACGAGCUCACACUCUGUGGCCUAAUUUAGCCUAGUUUAAUUUGUAUGCAGUCGGAGCAGCGCCCCUAGCGGCAAACGUAGGCAAACCUUCCAACUCCAUAUAAAUUUGAGUUAACUUUUACGCUAACGAGAACGUUAAAAAACUCGCACUAAGCACACUGAUCGUGAGUCAUCAUCGAUGCUAAUGACUUUGGCAAUGCCGGCUUAAGCGAGCUUAAACUACUUAAGCCGAUCUUCGAGUGAAUACUCAGAUCAUUCGCCUUUUCGUUAAAUCGCUACCAAGACAAUAAUGUAAAUAUUGUUCUUCAUCAGUAGACCUCUUCGUAAAGGUCGAUAAUCUUACAUAUCGUUAAUACAAUGGACACACACGGACAAAAUGAAUAUAGAAGAACACACCAGAUUGUUAAAGUGUUUCCUUAGAAAAGAAAAUAUUAAUUAUAAAUACGUACUUUAAUAAUAGCUAUUAUUGUUUUUAAAUAUAUUGUAAUAUAAUUUUUAUGAACAAUAAAUUUUAU